AUGGGCCGCCGUUCCAAGGGUUGGUAUCCUAACCGGUUCAACGAUCGCCGUAAACAACAAGAACAGCGCCCGAUCGCCGCUGCUCCAGGUAGCACGGUCCUUGCAGACGAGUAUCCCGCGCCGACAACCGUACCGCCGUUGAGCUCAAGCAACCCAAGCAUGUCAACUCCACUGCCCAUCCGUUCCCGGGGUGCAACACCAAGCGCUUCGAGACGUUCCAGGGCCAGGUCCAACAAGCCCAAUACCAGGUCCAACGAGAAUCUUUGCAUGCGCAUUCGUCUGCAGAAUCGCACUGUGGCGGUUGCCCGAGUCCUUCUAGUCGACGGACUGAAGAACAUAGGAAUCAGUGAAGAGUUUGUCACUCGCAACUGUAUAUUCUCUGUUAAGCUCCGCGAGGAUAGGAGGAGGUACAUUGCUGAAGGGCCAGACUCAACGGGCAUACUGCAUGCGGAAUCCUCUGCCGAUAUCACGAUCCUACAUCCCAGUGAGGAUCCAAGCGAGACCACCCUCAGGCGCGCUAUUGUCUUUAGGCCGGAGUCUUCGGGGCAGCUUCGUCACGAUGUUAGGGUUCCUAGGAGCAUGAGGAAAUUAUGCGAGCCUAUGAUCGAGAAUGUCUAUGGACUUGACGUCACGACCCUCAGCGACCCAGGAGAUUUCAACAUUAUUUCCGGACCUCAGCAGCAUACCUGUGUAUCAGGGGGCGCCGCUUGUCAUCCAUACUCCGGCCAUGCAAUGCUAGCCUCGAGCAUUGACUUAUCCUCUCCGCCAGGACAACACAGCCAACCUUAUGGUGUAUACGGCCCAACACAAGCCGCCUCCGACUCGCCUCCGACUAUGCCGUCUGGCGUUGGUCAAGGGAACGAUGGGAUGCGGCCGACCAACCAAUGGCUCGGUGACGAUGGCCAAGGGAACUAUGGGAUGCAAUUGAUGAACCAAUGGCUCUGUGACGAUGGGACGCAGUCGGCAUACCAGCAGCCCCGGGACUAUGGCCAAGGGAACGACGGGAUGCAGUCGACCAACCAAUGGCUCGGUGACGAUGGUCAAGAGAACGAUGGUCAAGAGAACGAUGGGAUGCUGCCAACGAGCCAAUGGUCCUGGGGUCCCUCAUCCAACAUGUGA